AUGACCCAGAUAGGACCCAGCGGACUCUGCAGAGUAGGACCCAGAGUAGGGCCCAGAUGUCUGGAGUUCGGCGAGGGCUCGGUGACGGGCGACAUGUGUGAGGAUCUGUGUGUGCUCGGCCUGGUCGAGUACAAGCGCUGCCUCUACUACGAGAACGGGAAGAAGGUGAUCGAGGCUCGCUGGAGAGGAAACCCUAUCAUCCUCAAGUCCAAACUGGAGAACUUCUCCUCCUACGAGCCGCUGGGGAUACUGGACUACCAGGACACAGCAGAGGAGCUCUCCCCUCUCGAUGUGGUUUUCUACGCCACUUUGGAAGUACGAAACUCCCUGGGCCUGGCUGAGGAUGAUGAGGAGGAUGAAGGAGGAGGAGGAGGAGGAGGAAGUAACAGUUCUCUGGCCAGGCUUUGGGGGAAGAAGCUGAAAAACAGAGACAAGAGUUACUCCAGAGCAGAGCUGGCAUCACUCUGGUCUCUGCUGCAGCAGGAGGAGUACACCUUCCUCAGAGUCCUGCAGGACCUCAGCACCCACGUGGCCAAGGUGUUGGGCUCCUGCGGUCACUUCUACGCUGUGGAGUACCUGUCUGCCGGACACGCCUGGGACCAGAACAUCUUCUCUCUGGAGGAGGUGGCGGUGUCCGGGCUGCAGGGUCAGAACCGAGCCGGAACCGGAGCUCGAGGGAGGUGGACCGCCCGGGAGAUGGUGCAACGCAUCGCGCUGAGCUUCCUGGACAUGGUGUGGCACUUUGACAACGACUUCACCCACAAACUGCACCUGUGUGACAUCAAACCGGAGAACUUCGCCAUCAGGAAGGAUCUGACGGUCGUAGCCAUCGACGUAGACAUGGCGUUCUUUGAGCCGAAGAUGAGAGACAUCCUGGAUCAGAACUGCAGCAGCGAUGACGACUGUAACUUCUUCGACUGUUCGUCCAGAUGCAACAUGAACAAGCACCGCUGCAGCGCUCAGCGCCGCAACAGCAACCUGCAGGUGAUUUGUGAGAAGAUUUUCCGGCCGUGGUUUUCUCCCACGCUGCUCGGAGCCAAAGCAGGACUCCCUCUGCAGGUGGAGCUGCAGCGAGCCGUGCAGGAGUGUUCAGAGACAGACGGAGGUGUGGAGGAGAGAGAGGAGGGGGGAGGAGGAGGAGGAGGAGGAGGAGGAGGAGGAGGAGGAGGAGGAGGAGGAGGAGGAAGAGGCAGAGACGUCCAUCAACGCCUCCUUAAAAUCCUGACCCGCCUUGUCCAAGAGGGCGGAGCUUCAGGUGACGGAGGAGGCAGCUGGGAGGGGAAAGGUCACACACACACUGCACUGAACUUCUGA